AUGUGGAGCUACUACAGAGACGGGCUUUUUCCCAGAAAGAAGAAGAAAGAGGACAAAGAGGCUGUAACACUUCCAGCUAUACACAAUGGUCCAACUUCACUAUGUCAGGGGACAAACAGGAAGGGGCAUGACGGCAAACUGCAUGUGGAGUCCAAUAUUACAGAUCACCUCAGAUAUCAAGUACAGCGAACAGGCAAAACCCAAAAUGAGCCUCACUUAGAGGACAGAAUAACUGACAUACUGCACCAAGGCCAGUUUUUCAAGGUUAAGGCUGCCACCACCUUACUGAACCUGCACGAAUACAGGAGAACAAUCGACGAUUCAACACAGUUACUAAAGAGCAUGGAGGCCCUGGCUGGAGAAGAGGAGGACGAAGAGGACAGAGAGGGAGAGGACAAAGAUGUUAUCGUGGACGUCAGAGAGACAGACAGUGGGACUCAUCUGUCUGUCAGCUCAAACAUAGAUGUGGACAGAGAAAGUGAACACAAACUCCCAGGGACAGACUUGUUGUGUUGUACGGCGAGCAGUGAGGUUCAAAGAACGGAGGAGUCUCCUCUUGUGGAAGAGAGGAGAUUCAUGGUGUACAUAUGUGGUGGAUACAAAGACACAGUUGCAGAGAGAAGUGCGCUCAUGGAGAACGUUUAUCCCAGACUGUAUCUGUACUGUAAGCAGAGAGGCUACGACUUCAGCAUGGUCGACCUCCGCUGGGGGAUUGGAACACCUUUUGCUGAACGCCACGACACCGUAGAGCUGCAUGUGGAGAAUCUCCAGCGAUGUCAGACAACCAAGGGCCCCAACUUGAUUGUCUUUGUAGGACAGAAGCAUGAGGUCCGGAGCCUUCCCUCUACCAUCACGAGAGAGGCCUUUGAGGCCAUAGUUAGAGUGUUGGAUAGAGACCGACAGCAGAUGUCCAGGGACAAACCAUUGGUGGACCUCGCUGCCUCCGGCUCCCAGUCCAGCAUCACUACAGACAGCAGCUCUGACAGCUUCACUCAGGAUUCCAUUUACGGGCAUUAUCUGAAUUUUGGAGAACAGGCCACAAACUCAGGUUUACUGAGCCAGAGCUCCCACGACUCAUUUUCAGAUGGAGAGGAGGCCAGACUCAGCCCAGUGGGCACUAGGGGCCGGGCGGAUGUGGACAAAGACCUAACAUUGCUCCAGAUGUGCUACAAGCUGGACGAGAACUGCCUUCCUCCUGUGUACCGCUUACUGCCCAUUAGCUCUCACCAUCCUGACGUGUUGAGCGUGGACAGGGAGCGCAGGAGGCAGGCCAGGAAGGACUGGAGCGCUACCUGCCUCACAUUAUUGGGAGUUCUUCAACGCAGCACUGGGAAGGCACUAGGACGAGAGGAGGCAUCGCUGUUACUCAGAACAGUUCUUGACUGGGAGGUGGAGACAGGUCUGCAGUCUGUGGAUGGGGCUCCACCAGAGGAGCACUGCCACUGCUAUAAGAGACUCAUCCCAGACCUUCACUACAACCUGAAGAAUGAACACGUUGCUCAGUACGCUGACCUCCUGAAGGGAAGAGCUCGACUCGAUCCCGUCCUCACCGCGGCUCACCAGCAAUUUAUGGACCGUCUCCAUAGAAAGCUGCGCCACACCAACAUCUAUGAGCGUAACAUGGGAUGGGGAAAGAGAGGCCUGAACUCUAAACACAAUCAGUCCCACCGGUUCUACACCGAGCGAAUCUCCUCCCACUUUCAACGGACUGUCAUCAACUCCCUCAACAAAGACAUGAAGGUCACCAAAACUCACAGCCCCUUUGACACUGUGAGGAGAGAAGCUGUCAGAGAGCAGAUACAGGAGGAGAUACAGCGCCAUGUUAACUAUGGACUCCAUCUGGGGAAGGGUUGUACUUUGAGGCAGACUUUCUUAGCUGAUGUGAAGAAGGCAGUGGAGCAGUCAAGAACCAGACCCAUCCUCCUGCUGGGACCACCAGGCUGGGGAAAGAGCACCACCAUGGCUGCAGUAGCACAGCUAGCACCCUCGUGGCUACCUGGGGCUGUGAAGAUAUUGGUGCACUUUAUUGGCCUCACUGGAGAGAGCAGGAAUAUUCGUCUGGUCCUGCAGAGUCUUUGUGUCCAGCUAGCUGAAGCUUACUGUCCCCACACACAGCUGUCAGAGGGCCUCCCACAGCUGAUCAAUGAGUUCCACUCUCUGUUGGGUCUGGUGGGAACGGAGAGGCCCCUGGUGAUCCUGCUGGACGGGUUGGAUGAGCUGUCUGAGGAUCAUGGUGCAGACCUCUCCUGGAUCUCAGCAUCUCUACCUCAAAACGUCCACCUCAUCCUAUCUGCAACCACGGACUCCCCCUGCACUCUGCAGUCAGCCCUUCCCACAGUCCUGUCCAUCCCCCCACUCAGUCCUGAGGAUAUCACAGCUGCAUUAGAGACCAAGCUGCGGACUGACCAGCGGUGUCUGCAGGAGCAGCAGUGGCAGCUGCUGGUCAAUGCCUGCCUGUCCUGCCCCUGUCCUCUGUACCUGGAAACAGCUUACUCUGAGAGCAUGCUCUGGACCUCCUACUCCCCCCAGGCCAGCCUCAGCCUUCCACCUAGCCUGGAGGGCCUCUACCUUGGUGUGUUGGCUCGCCUGGAGAGAGAGCUGGGUAGGCAGCUGGUGAGACGGGCUGCGUCUCUGAUAUCCAUCUCACGUUGGGGUGUCACUGAACAGGAGUUACUGGACCUACUGACCCGAGAUGGGAAGGUGCUCCAGGAAGUGACCUCAUGUCACUCCUCUUCCAGCAACCCAAGGGUGCCUUAUGUCUCGUGGGCUCGACUGAGACGUGGCCUCGGCCGUCACCUAACUGAGGUCAGGACAGAUGGGACGUGGGUGUACCGUUGGACUCAUUCUGAGCUGAGCCAUGUGUGCAUGAACCACUAUAUAAAAACAGUUGAUUGUCGUAUGGCUUUACAUGCAGACUACGCUGACUAUUACCAAGACAAGUCGCAACGCACACACAUAUUCCAGCCACUGGCAUGGACAUUGAAUGAGGGAGAGGAUGGUGAAGGUACGACUAAAAGUUAUAAAUUCAAUUUGAGGAAGCUUCAUGGGUUGCCCUACCACCUGGUCCACUCAGACCAAAUCCUGCCUUUCCUGUCUGAAUGCAUUUUCAACUAUGAGUUCCUGCUGCAUAAGGCCUGGGGUUUGUCUGUCCUGGACAUCAAGGAGGACCUGAACAAGGCUGUGCUGCCAGACAAGGUGCUGGUGGAUGUCGAGGUGUUGUCGGGUGCUCUUGAAAUGUCUACAGUGGUGCUGCUGCAGGACCCCUGUCAGUUGGCCUCCCAGCUUAUGGGUCGACUGGGAAAACUUAUUAUUGAGGACCGCCCCGUUGCUAAAGGUGACCCGCUGAAGUUCAGCUACCUCCAUGCUCUAAUGGCUCAGUGUACACAGUCCUCCCUGCCUGUGUUGCUGCCCUCCUCCACCUGUUUGCUGCCCCCAGGAGGCCUCCAACACAUCCUCCUAGCAGGUCACUUGACCAGUGUGAUUGCCCUGGGAGGAGGGCAGAGAGGACCCUUGGGUGUCACCAGUGAAUCUGAUGGAAGCUUGAGGUUUUGGGAUCUGGAGCAGAGGCGGAUCAUCAGGAGCCUGGAUGCGGUGGAGGGAGUGGUGGCAGAUUCCAUCACACUCGGUCUGAAUGAUAAAAUGCUUAUAGUCUGCAUGGGACAAAGUCUGCAGGUGAGAGAGGUUGAAUCCGGGCGAGUUGUGUAUUCAGAGAGUGAUUCAGUGGACCGUCCCAUAGUCACCACGACUUGUGAAGGACAGCUGCUGGUGGUCUUCUAUGAUGGGAGUCAUCUAGUAAAGGUUUUUGACCUGGCUGCCUCCUGCUCUCUGCUGCACUGUGUGAACAUUUCCAUGGAGCGUGAGGCAAUCCACAGAAACCGCUCUGUUCUGCUGUCCAACAACUGCAUCAGAGACUACGUCCUCUUUGCCUACAGGUCUGGUGAUGAGGCAGCAGUAUUCAGUGCCAGAGGGGGAGCUGUGCUGUCUGUCCUGUCUGCUCAGCAUGGUGCUGCCUCUAUACAAGCUGUGGAGAUGACUGAAGACUACCUGCUGCUCUUCUGCAGAUACCCGUACAAGAGCGGCAGUGAAAUCAUUCACAUCGAACUCUUCAGCACAGACUCCUUCCUCUACCAGCGCGCUAUACUGGGCUGCAGCCAGGACUUCAUUUCCCAGGUCACCGUCAAUCGGGCGGGGACUCAUGUUGUGGCCUUUUGCCCCUCCCCUCAUACCGGCAUCACCGAGCUGGUCACCUGGAACCUGGAGACAGAGGACCACAAACACAUCACUCGUUUCCCCGCAGUGCUGACCAAAGGUCUGUGUUUUGAUCUGCGCUUCUGCCUGGGGAUCUGCAGCGGAGAGAAGUACCUCCACCUGUGGGAUCUGACCUGCAGGAUCAGCGACCAGACUCUGACCUAUAACAUCCACAAGCCCCGGAGUGACGGCACAGAGGAGGUCAUCCCAAUGGGGAAAACCCUGAGGUAUGCUGUGUGCCGCUCCAUCAGAGCUGGGACGGUGUAUGUGUGGAACCUGGGCAGACGGCGUUUCGUCUGCCGACCGGUUCGAGUAGAGCACGGCCUCUACAGCAGCACCGACACAGUCCUUGCCCACAACUUCAAACUUUACAUCUUUACAGACAGGAGCACUAUCAGCAGCGUGGAAGCCCCCCCAUGUCGAUUCCAGACUCUUCUGGUGUAUGAUUUGAUCAAGCGGAGCUACGUGAGGAGACAGACUGGGAUCGCGGUGAUUCCCUGUCUCCAGCACGAGUACCGUCUUCUGGAGGAUGGGCGGACCCUUCUGGGCCUAUCAGAGACCAGAGAUCAUCUGAUCCUCUGGGAUCUGGACUUUGGCUCUAUCAAACAUGAGAUCAAAGCAUCCCACAGGGAGUCGAUCCUGUGUAGCAGCACAGUCCCAGACCUGCAGCCUGAUGUGACAGCACUCAGGGAUGCAACAUGUGAGCUGCCUGUUACUCUCUCUGUGAACAGCCUCUUUAACAACAUUCACGUUUACUUGAUGCCAUGGGACGUUCGGACCGAGAGCCAGUCUGCAAAGAAGAAAAGGCUGGGGAGAGAGGCACAGAGGGAGAGGGAGGUGAAACGGAGGCUGGAUGGAGAGAAAUACAACUCUAUAGAGCAGUACGUCCUCAGUGGAGAUGAACAGGUGGCGGUGUGCUCCUAUUUUGCUCACCACCUCAACGUCUUCAGCAUGGUUUCCCAGGAACACCUCCACACCCUGGAGGAUAAAUCAUCACUGCUGAGCCUCCACACUGCAGCCCUUACCUACACUGGCAGCCACCUGGUGCUGACCAACUACAACCAAGACCAGAAGACCCCCUAUAUCACCCUGUGGGACCUGCACACAGGAACCGUGAAGAAAAAACUGCGGAAUGAGGCUGGAGUUUGCUGCGUAGCUAUCACAGACGGUGGAGACAGAGUUGUCUUUGGGGUCAAAGGAAGCAACAGGCUUAAAGUGUGGGAUCCCUUCAGGAGGAACUACAGGAGCAUCUGUGGCUAUGGGAACCUGACGAUAGAAGUCUCCAGUGAGCUUUACAUGACAGAAGGAGGAACCAGAGCCAUUCUGCUGUCAGGACAGCUGAGCCUGUGGGACCUGGAGGCGAGCAGCGUCCUGUCGGUGCUCUCUCUUGAUGCACGCGUCCGCUGCAUGAAGCUGCUCCGUGGAUGCGAGACCUCCGUUCUGCUCGGCCUCAGCCACAGCCCCACCCUCAUCAGCACCAGGUCAACGUCCAGUCAUCCUGUCAGCUCAGCAACUCGAGCUCCCAAAGACGAGGACCUGUUUGGAGAGUCCAGCAGCAGCGAGGAGGAGGAGGACUCGUAGGACUUGUAGGGCACACAUCAGAGAAUGCAACAUGAAAGAACAAGAGCAAACUAAAUCCUUAGCAUGGCACAUGGAGUGAGAAGGGGGAAAAGAUGGAAUGUUAUGUGGAAAUUAUCUGGAUGUGACAAAUUUAAUUGUGUCUUUGAUUUUUCAUGAAUGUCAACAAACUGCAGGUUUUUAAUCUCCAGAGGGAAGGGGUACAGGCUCUGAUGUCUCCAGGACCAAUGCAGGACUUAAUUGUUAUGGAGUAGUUUUACAUGCACACAGCAUAUGUAAGUAUAGGAAAGGAGAAAGUUGACAGAUGUUCCAAAAGGAGCAGAGCUGAUGAAAGGAAACGAUGAAGUCUCUGCUAAGGCACAGGACACUGUACGGGCUUGUUUCAGGCUGUACAGAGACGUUGCUACACACUUCACGCAGAAGGACAAAAGAGAACUGAGUGACUAUACUUUGUUUUAAUGAAUAUAAAAAGAAAUGUACACAAUAGUGAACCAGUGAAAACAUUAUGUCCACAAGCAUGACGUCCUAUUCCAGUGUCCCAUCAACAAUCAUCUCCUCAAUUAAAUAUUAACCUCUUGUAAACAUAUAA